AUGGAACUGACAGUAUAUGGUUACGAGGGUAACCCGCGCACCCGCAUCAUCCGCGUUGUGGCUGCACUCGAAGGAAUUCCUCUGCAUCUUUCAAGAGUAGUUCCUCGGAUGUACAUCAACACCGAGCCGUACAUCUCCGAAUUCCCCCUCAGUCGAGGAAAGGUCCCUGCACUGAAAGCACCCACCGUGAAAAUUACAGAGGUCAUCGCAAUUACCACGUACCUGGCCAAAGUCCACAACGCCGCGAAACUCCUUGGCGAUGGGUCUCAAGAACAGGCUGCGGAGGUCGUGUCAUGGGCCAGCUGGGCGAAUCAAGAGUUGUUAGGCACUCUCGCUUCAUGGUUUCUGCCUUUGAUCCCUGGGUUGAAAAAGCCAGGCCCAUACAAUGAGCAAGCCGUUGCGAAUGGCAAAGCAGCUUCCAUCCAUCUUUUGAAUCUGCUGGAGAAGGCUUUGGAAUCGAAAGUCUACCUUGUUGGCGACUGCCUUACCCUGGCCGAUCUUUUUGUGGCAAUGUACCUGGCUCGUGGUAUGGAGUGGAUCUUGGACGCCGAUUGGCGCGCUUCGCACCCAAACACCAUGAGCUACUUCAAUGGAAUCUCAUCCAUCGAACAAUGGAGAACUGUCAUCCCGCAGAUGAAGAUGAUAGAGAAGGAGACUGAGAACAAGGACCCGUACUCUGAGGAGUAG